AGAACCUCAACCAGCGAAGACUAUUCAGAUAACCUCACACAAUCAAUAUGUCACCCCGGGAACACUCUCUCCGGUCACCGUAGCACCCACGCCAAUGACUCAGUUCCAGGCAUGGUUCGAGGCUGCUAUCGAAGCAGGCGUCCGCGAGCCAGAAGCGAUGUCACUCACGACCGCAGCAACCACGUCAUCACGCAUCCCAGGCGCCGCUAUUCCUUCCACACGCAUUGUCCUCCUCAAGCAAUCCGAUCCGCGUGGAUUCGUCUUCUAUACAAACUACUCGUCGCGCAAAUCAAAGGAGCUGAUCGAAAAUCCCUACGCCUCAUUAUGCUUCUAUUGGCGUGAGAUCCAUCGCUCCGUUCGGGUCGUUGGCAAGGUAGAGAAAAUAAGCAAUGACGAGAGCGACGAAUACUUUGGGACCCGACCAAGAGGCAGCCAAAUCGGCGCAUGGGCUAGUCCGCAGAGCAACGUGGUAAAGGAGGGCGAGUUGGCGGCUCGUGUGAAGCAUCUGGAGAGAAAGUUCCCAGACGGGCAACAAGUGCAGCGGCCCGAGGGCUGGGGUGGUUGGAGGGUCGUUCCAUUCGAGGUCGAGUUCUGGGAAGGAAAGCCAAGCAGACUGCACAAUCGUGUGCGCUAUCUAGCGAAUGACAAGGAAGCAGGAGCUUGGGAAAUUGACCGUCUUGCUCCGUAGCCCAUGCUUAUUGUUUGAUGCUUGCUUGUGUUGUCCGUUCCUUCCUAGACCGGUGCAUCGAUGACUCUCUGCUCUCCCGUAAUCAUAGCGAUGCGCCCCGUUGUUCGCAAAUUGGCUAAUGAAUGAAUUCGAAAUAUUGUAUAUCAAAAUAUUGU